AUGGGCGCGCGCGCGGCGGCGCAAGGGAUCGAGGAUGAAGUGAAGAUUGAUCGCGCGCCGACGACGCUGCUGCGAGAGGGGGCGUCGGAGGCGGGGGACGAUACGCAAAUGCGGGCGAGGUUUGAGAAGAUGAUUCGCGCGGCGCAGGAUGAGAUCUGCGCGGCGAUCUCCGAGUUGGAUGGGAAGCCGUUCCAUGAGGACGCGUGGACGAGACCUGGGGGAGGCGGUGGGAUCUCUCGAGUGCUCCAAGAUGGGAACGUGUUCGAAAAGGCUGGCGUGAACGUGUCGGUGGUGUACGGACAAAUGCCGCCCGAGGCGUAUCGCGCGGCGACGGGCGAAGAGGGCGCGUCGAAGGAGAUGAUUCCGUUCUUUGCGGCGGGUAUCUCCUCUGUUAUGCACCCGCACAACCCGAUGGCGCCGACGGUGCACUUCAACUACCGCUACUUUGAGACGGACGCUCCGAAGGGCGCCGCCGGGGCGCCGCGCGCCUGGUGGUUCGGCGGCGGGACCGACUUGACGCCGUCGUACAUUUUCGAUGAAGACGUCUCUUACUUCCACCAAACGCUCAAGGACACGUGCGAUAAGCAUGAUAAGGAUUUCUACCCCAAGUUCAAGCAAUGGGCGGACGAUUACUUCAUGAUCAAGCACCGAGGCGAGCGACGCGGCGUCGGCGGCGUCUUCUUCGACGACAUGAACGACCGCAGCAAGGACGAUCUCCUCGCCUUCGCGACAGACAUGGCGGGUGCCGUCGUUCCGGCGUACGUCCCGCUCGUCGCCAAGCACAAAGAUGACGAGUUCACCCCGGAACAACGCGCGUGGCAGCAAAUGCGCCGCGGUCGCUACGUCGAGUUCAACCUCGUCUACGACCGAGGCACGACUUUCGGCCUCAAGACGGGUGGUCGCAUCGAGUCCAUCCUCAUGUCUCUCCCGCGUUACUGCGAGUUCCAGUACGAUCACAAUCCGGCGCCGGGCUCUCGCGAGGCCGACGCCCUGGACGCGUUCAAGAACCCCCGAACGUGGUGCGCCUAA